AUGUGGCCACGGCUUCCCGCCAGAGUGGGAAGUGUGUGGUUCUCAGGUCUCCCAGGUCGAGCGAGGCAGCGCCGGCCUCUCCUGCCCGCGCCCCCUCCCGAUGCUGGAGCAACUCUGCGCCUCAUCGGCCAGCCCGGCGCGUGCCACCUGGCGAACGGACGGUGCUCGCACGCCGUCCUGUCCUCUUCUUCCUCCUUCCUCCUCUCCUCCUCCUCCUCCUCCUCCUCCUCCUCUCUCCUCCUCCUCCUCCUCCUCCUCCUCCUCUCUCUCGGCCCUGUGUGUGCGUCCGUUCCCACACGCUUGGUGAGGAAGAGAACGGCUUUCAAGUGCAACCGGCAUUCGCGUUACGACGGUGGUUCUUGA